GAUCCGAACAUCCGAGGCGUCCGCGUUCAGACUCGCAUUAGUGACCUCCAGUAGUCUUCUAACUCAUCAGCCAAGGCGGUAGAUCAAUGCCAGCGUACACCUCAGUACUUGAAUCAUUCUCGGCUCUCAUCUUUUAAUAAUAAGACAGCCAUGAAUCCCGGCACACAAGUUUCAUCGAAUCCUGAUUAGCCACGUACUACUAGUAGCGGAAAACCUUCUCAGUCGUGGGGUCCGUGGGUUAUUCGAGUCUAUUCUAAACUUUCAAAAAGAUAUAUACUGUCCUGCCCAAUCUCGAAUAUCGAUCCCAGCAACUGAUUCUCCACGAUUAUCAAGUUGUUCUUUUUUCUUCUCUUUUUGGUGAAUGCUCAGCGCCCUGAUGAUAAAGGACGUAUUAUAAAUACCUCAGCUAUCGUGCGCUCAUGUACCUCACUUCGAUAUUUCUCUCAUGACUAUCCAUCACAUAGUUCUUUAUAAGCUUCUGCCAGAGGCUACCGAAGAAAACCUCGAAAGCAUUAAGAAUGAAGUCAGAUUGUUGGGCGUCAAAAUACCUCAAAUAAAGGAGGUGAAAGUUGGCCAUUCAAUUUUCAACCCCCUAGGGCAAGGAUUUGAUGAUGGUGUCAUUUUCGUGUUUGAUAACGAAGACGAUUUAAAUGCAUACCGUGUUCACGAGGCUCACAUAUCGUACCAACAGUUUAGUGGGCCGUAUCUGAAAGAUAAAUUGAUAUUCGAUAUCGAAGUAGACGACUGAGAAAGAUAUGUGAAGAAAGCUGCUGGAAAGAUAAUUUCCGUGGUAGUGCAGAAGGAUCUAUGGACAAAUCUUAUCCAGGCCAUCUAAGAGGCAUCUGACUUGGAAAUUUUUUUUGGUUUAUUUAUCUACCAUGUAAGCCCGUUUUCGUUCACGAUACCACUGUUCACCGGGGGGCGAGAUCACACGUUGAGAUAUUGGUAGAUUUGUGGAGGAUAAUCACCCUCGAGCUCCGGGCGUCGUGUAAGAGCUCGUGUAAGUUGCGUGUAGCUGUUAUCCAUUAUAUGAGGUGCUUGCAGCCUU